AUGUCAAAACCACUGCCCCGAGGCCAGGCCGAGGAAGUCUAUGAUCUUGGGUCUGAGGCGGAUGAUGCCCUGAGUGUGAACCAAAUCUUGAAAUAUGUUGUCUGGGAAGAUCUGGAAGAGCUCGAGGAUGAAGAACUUCAUUCUCAAAAGCACUCUAGAAAGAAACAGGCGUCUGAUGAGCAGCGUGAUAUGCUUGAAGAAGUUGUCAAAAGUAUCUGGGGCUCCCUCGAAAGAAUUUCAACGACAGACCUGGGUUCGAUCCAGAUUCCUUGUGUCGAUACCAAGGAAAAGCAGGAAGCCUUAAUCAUCUUCGCUAGCCUUAAAAAGCUCGUAGAUGACUUGGUUGAAAAGCUGGCUCAGCCAGAUUUCGAAAUCCAUCGUCUCAAGUCAUACCCGGACGAAAUGCAAUGCUUCGAAUCGACACAGCUUCUCAAAGAUAGGAUUGCAAAGUGUAUACUUCCAGAGGUGCGACAACUAGAAGGGAAGCAAGUCACCCGCCAAAUAGUCCAGGAUCCUCUCUCCAAAUGGCCCGACACUGGUGGAUACCUAUUGUACAUCACUUCUAGUGAGGCCGAAGAGUAUUGGAGGCCGUAUAUUGGGCAGGCUAGCAUACUGAUUCGUCGAAUUCCGCAACAUAUUAUGCAAGUUCUACAAGGGCAUAUCGACACACUUUGCUACUGGGUUGCCUCGAAACCAGGCCGGCAACUAAAUUUUAUAAGGCUCUGGGAUAUUAUAGAAGAGGAGGGGGACUCGCGCCAAUCCCUUGAACUCCUUAACACCCUCCUCGAGAAGACUUUUUGUGUCGGCUUCCAAUCAUUAUGUGGAUUUUGCGAUUCCCUAUUUGGCCCUGACUGGAGAUGGGUACGUGACCCUAGCUCGCCAGCAUGCAGCCCUCAAUGCCAUGCCGGUAUCAAGCAACAUGCCAAAAGACCCGAGGCCGCACGGCAGGUACAACAAGGCUGGGUCAGGUUCCAAGAUCAAAUGUCAGAGAAGCUACAAAUGUCGGAAGCCCUAAGACAGUAUUUCAAGGAUGAAUUCGGCCUUGAUACUAGUAGGAACGGGCUGAAAGCUAUGAUGGCAAAAGGAAACUUGCUGGCCGAGCCCUGCCUCAAGGAACGCAUGUGA